UGAACGCCUCCGCGAUUCGCUUCAUUUCAUUUUCAUCCAACUUGGGCGUGCCGGAGCGGGCUUCAGGGACAAACUUUGCCAGGAGGUCUUUCACCGUCUUGGCCGCAAUAGUUUGUGCAAGAGGUCGAGACACGCGUGUAUGCCCGUAUGCUCUUCUGAUCUCCACCUGUAUCAAUCCAUGUAUCUGGAUCUGGGAGGCCUCGAGUUGGAGUGUGGCUUUGUUGGGAUAGUCUUCCAGCAUCCACGUAACGAAAAGAUUUUUCUUCGGCGAUGCGUCUGCUCCAAGCUUCCCGCUCAUCUGAGCAAAGACACUGUCGUCCACGAACGCGGCCAAAGCCUGGGGAUCCAACUGGCUGGACAUGUCCAUCUGCAGCAGCACAGCAGUGGCGCUACAGGACAAGGCUUGGAGGGGAAAUGUGGAAAUGGCCGGUUGGAUUUUUCUUCCCUCAGUUUUGUACCAGAAACACGGUACCGCAUCUACGUGAUAUACAGUGCGCGCCGAAAUUAUAACCGCACCCCAAAAAUUAUUUUUUUAAACCAAUUCGAUAGAAAACAGAUGCAACAAUCAGAAUCGAAAAAGCUGUAACCGUUUUUUUGCAAUGGACGAAAAACCGACUUUGGGUCGGGUCAAAAUUAUAGCCGCACCCGGUAAGCUAUCGGUAAGAUUGGUAACAAACUCGUGGAGAGCUGUUUCAAGCGUAAUAAAUGAACUAACUCCAUUGAACAGCUCGAAUAACGCCUACCGGUACAGUAAAGUGCGUCGAUAAGGAACGCCUGAUAUACAUUGAAAGAAAAAGGUAUAUUGAUAAUUAAAGGUUUGACUCGUCACAUGCAGACAGCAAAUGCACUGAUUUACUGCACUAUGUAGUUCAUGUCGGACUUCGCGACCAGAGUCUCGGCUUGAGCCCACGCAGCCAACUCAGCAUAGGUAGCACCCGGUAGAUCACGACGGCGAUGACAGAUUAGCAGCGACUGAAGCUUGGUCAGACGUAGCCACCUCUGGAACGGUCUGGAAGUGGCGGUCACCAUGGGAGUUGUGAGCAGCAGAGCGAAAGUUGGUUAAUGAGGCAUGCAGACAUGUACCUGGCGCGAUUCCCGCGCUCACAGCGAUCCUCAUGCUCAUGAUUCCCUCUCGCGACCUUUAGGUUCCAUUUCCCCCGACUUGGGAGCCGCUCCAUCCAGCCGCUCUUGAGGCUCGGUUUCGGAACUGUGAUUGGCGGAAUGUUAAACGGGACCGAAUGAUUGGUAGAAUCAUAUAACUAAUUCAGUACAAUUGGCACACAAUGGGUACAAGCGAGGAUUCAUGUCUUGUCGUAGAAUAUAAAAUGUCGCCCGUUCCUUAUCGACGCACUUCACUGUAGUAAGCUGCUCAAAUAAGGUUAAGCUGACGCGGUUGAUAAGAUUCAAUGGAGACACGCACUAUCUUGAAUUUGUAUAGAAGAGUGGUGUUUGACAGUGUGGAGAGGUCUAUACUCGUAAGUUGAGGCUGUCAGCUGACUAGUGUCUUCAUUGGCGUCUAUUCAACAUGGUAGCGAUGCUGGGCUUGCUCAGUUCAGCAACAUGUACCAGAAAACUCGAUCGAUUUUUUUCCGGGUCAAUACAAAUCCUUUAUACUUGAUGUUUGUAUUGGAAAGCACCGCCAAACCCAGUCACAAAUUUCAAUCAAGUCUAGUCCCGUACAGUGCGUAGUUUGGUAAAUACAUGGCUACGUAUCAAAAUUGCUUCCAGAAUCCUCCUAGUGUUGUCUCGGAAGUCCGGCCAAAUUGCCACCAAGUGUUUAGUGCGCUUUAUGGUAUUAAUAAAUGUGCGAACAAUAACUUCGGCGAUGCGGUACAUACCAUAGGUAAGAUACGACCACACGGGCCGCAUCGGCCCCAGCCGGGCGGCGUCCUGCGCGCCGGCAAGAAGAUCGUCACGCGCGAAGGACGCAUGGAGCCCGUGCCCCCGCGCGCGCUCGAGACGAGCGAGAUCCCGGGCAUCGUGGCGGACUACCGCUCGGCCGCGGAGAACGCCAUCAGCGCGGGCUUCGACGGCGUCGAGCUGCACGCCGCCAACGGCUACUUGCUGGAGCAGUUCCUGCACGACGGCAUCAACGACCGCACCGACCAGUACGGCGGCAGCGUCGAGAACCGCGCGCGCUUCCUGUUCGAGGCACUGGAGGCCAUCCUCGAGAGUCUGGACUCGUCCAAGGUGGGCAUCCGACUGUCCCCGUUCGGCGGCAGCUUCGGCGACAAGGACUCGGACCCCGUCGCCACCUACACGUACGUGCUGAACAGGCUCAAGAACUACGACCUGGCCUACGCGCACCUGAUCGAGCCGCGUGGCUACCACGUGCGUGACCCGCUGGCACCCGAGAAGGGCUCGGCGCGGCAGUUCCGCGAGACGUACAAGGGCGUGCUCCUCGCCGCGUCGGGCUUCGACCGGCAGUCGGCCGUGCAGAUCGUGGAGGAGGGCGCGGCCGACGCCGUGGCCAUCGGCCGCCACUUCAUCUCGAACCCGGACCUGGUGCGGCGCUUCCAACUCAACAAGCCCGUGAACGACUACGACACGGACACGUUCUACCUCGGCGACGCGCGCGGGUAGAGCAGUAAAGACGACGUAGACAGCAAAAGACGUGCUACUUCCGUAAGACUGCAAGGUGAAGCGUACUGGAGGUGGCUGCGUACUCUCAAGUAAAACAAAUUGUUGGUAGUUAAAACUAGUUGCUGCAGGCACCAGGCACGUACUGUUACUGCCUCGGUGUGGGCUUGGGCGUCUUGUUGGAUCACUUGGCGCGUUUAGUGGGACGGCUUCUUCACCCUCUUGGUUUUCACGUGCUCGUUUCUUGGAUGUUUCCGUCUCGCCACCUUGAUCGCCUAGUGGCCCUCACCACUGCCACCAACGUCACUCUCAGCGUCACUCUUCUUCCUUGUCACCCGGCGCGUACGCUAGUGCUUUACGGGCGUUCUGCAACAACUUGUCGCGCUUCGCGGUAAGCGACAACUUCGCAUACGAACUAACGUCCUUGUUUCGUUUUUCAUCUUCAUCGCGAUAGUCCAGGUCGCCCUCCACAAGCCCCAGCGGGUCAUACUGAGACUCCACCAUGUUUGAUAGCAUGGAAGCCACGCCGUCGCUCAGGAACGGGUAGGUGACCCUGUUGAGUAAACGGAGGCAGAUCGUGAAAACAGGAUCCUCCUCCGAGACACUCGACACACUUGAGACGCCAGGAUUGCUCUCGAUCUUCGCCCGCUUCUUCGCCUGACUCCCGAUCGUCUGACUCUCCUCCUUCACCUCAGAGGCGUUGCCUUUCUUCUUGGGCUUAAGAUUGUCUUUCAUUGUCGUGGCAUAGAUGAACUUGCCGUCACGCGUUCUACCGCGCACAUUCAUGUAGAUGCGAAUGGUAUCACGGACAUCCGUGGAGCUCAGCGGGUUCGGAUCCCCACCAAUUUCACCGGUAGAUUUCCCCGCUGACGAGUUCCCAUCACUGUUCUUUCCGAACACAAACCAGGGGCAUAGUUUCUCCGUCGCUGCCCUGGAAAACCCACCAUCGACUGGGAAACGAUUCUUCACUUGAAUCAACAUCAUCAACACCUCAUGCUCCUCUUGUUCACCCCUCGUAGUCUCCCCACCGACUGGCCUGCUGUUGGAUCUCUUCUUAAACAUCGGGAUCAACAAAUCGGCUCCAUACUGGUUACGGGGGAAAAUACCUGCAGCCUGAAAGCGUGUCCUCAUUCGGCUCGAGCUGCAACUGCACAAAGUGGGUGAACCCCACGUACCAACCAUCCCACUUCGAGCACCACUCGUUGAAUUCUGGUCUCUUAUCUUCCGCGUUGUACAUCCCCUUACAAUAUAUCGACAUCUCCUCGUGGCCUGUUAGCACGUUCAAGAAAUCCUGCACCGGUACAAAUUGCCCGAUCGUAUGGUAGCACUGGGAAAAGUCUUUGUCCCCCAUCACACACGUGUCCAUCGCCAGAAGCAGCAAAAUCCGAGCAACCAUUUCGCCAAUUUCGCCAACUCCACCGGUGUCCAACGCUUCAUCCAAAAGGAGGUUCUUGAGUUGCGGCAGGAUAUACUUUGCCAGACCAUAUUUCAGUUCAUACCACACUUUCAUCGCUCCUAAGGCGAGCACUGGGUCCGAAGCGUAGCUGGUGACGUAACCCUCUCGUUUGAAGUUCACAUACGCGAGAAUCGCCAUGAAGUCAGCGGGGGCACGAGAUGCCAAAGCCGACGUCGAAUGCGGUCGAACACCCAGUCGACAAAGCAUGGAGGCGACACCAAACAUGGUAUCCUUGUUGUACGCAUUUUGCGAAGGGGGAAUCCCCAGUAGCAGUUUAUUCGCC